AUAAAAAUGGACGUCAGGCAGCACCCCGUGCGCUCCUAUCCGCCGCCGUUGCCCUCGCCACCGGAAAGUGACAGCGAGGAGGAUGAGGACGAGUCGGAGGAAUCGGACGAGGACGAGCGGGGGCCAGGCCAGGCAGUGGUGGUCAACUUGCCACCACCCGCACCGAUCGCGCGCGUUGGCGAGGUGGAGAAAAGUGACCAACAGCCGCCAAGGCAGGCCGGUGAAGCUGGCAGAGCAUGCGGUGACCAGCAGCAGCAGCAACAGCAGCAACCGGUGGCAGGUGAUGAGCAGCGUCGCCAGGAGCAGCAGCAGCAGCGGCCCCGGGUGCAGGAGCAAAUUCCGACGAUCGGCGACCGGUACGUGGUCCACGGGAAGAUCGAUCGGGGCACCUUCAGCACGGUCUCGUUGGCCACACGGCGCGAAGAGGCGCAUCUCGAUCGCGAGAAGCGGCGCAUGUACGCGAUCAAGCUGAUCACGGAAACGAGCCAUCCGACGCGCAUCGAGCGUGAGCUGCGCUGCAUGAUGCAGCUCGGGGGCCGCUGCAACGUGGUCGGCAUCGUGGAUGCGUUCCGCCACCAGGGCUCGGUGGCACUCGUCAUGAAGUACAUUCCGCACGAACCGUUCCAGCAGUACUUCGCCGAGCUGACGCCGGCCGAAGUGCAGCGCUACAUGCAGAACCUGCUGAUACCGCUGCGGCGCGUCCACCAGUACGGCGUGAUCCAUCGGGACGUGAAGCCGAGCAACUUUCUGCACGCCCGCCGCCACGGUGGCUACAUGUUGGUCGACUUUGGGCUCGCCCAGGAAACGACCUGCGGCGAGUUUACGUUACGCGGUGGCCCGGUGAAGCAGCCCGAAGCGGUCGGAGUAGCAAAGACUGACAAGCGGAAGGUUUCGAUCGGGGACGAUGGAUCGGAUCGGAGCGGGGCGCUUGGUGCUGCAGCGUGCGAAGUGGCCAUUCCCGCGCAGCAGCAGCAACAAGUCUGCAAGCGGCACAAAACUAACGGAAGCAGCAGCACGGAGAACAACACUCCCGACGAGCUUGCCCGGCGGAUGGGGGCCAACAGCUUAUCAUCGGUUCAGCAAGCGGCGCUGGUGCCGCCUCAACAACAACGCGGUCACCCCUGUUCGCCCCUGAAACUGUCCAACAGCGUGGCAAAGGACGGACUGUCCGCUUUGGCGCGCCAAAUUAAGUCUACCGUCGCGGGCAUCAGCCAGGGUUUGAAGCUUCACCAGGAGAGCCGACGCCUGGCCGUUCCGGCGGCACCCGCGGCUCCUGCACCCGUAGCCGCACGUGCGGCCCCCGGUGCACCACCGGCAGCGGCGGCGGCCGCCGCCGCUCGGUGUGAGUGCUGCGGUCGCCCACGGGUGUGCAACGCGUGUUUGGUGAAGCGCGAGCUGUACGCACCGCGGGCCGGCACACCGGGCUAUCGGCCACCGGAGGUGCUGCUCAAGUAUCCGGACCAAACGACGGCCGUCGAUAUCUGGGCGGUGGGUGUGAUCUUCCUUAGCAUCCUCUCGGCCUGCUACCCGUUCUUUGGCAACACGGACGAUCUGACGUCGCUGGCGCACAUUGUGUGCGUGUUCGGGUACGAUCGGAUCGCCGACACGGCCCGCCUUCUCGAUCGCAACCUGCUGAUCGAUGAGCGCACGAUGCAGAAGAAACCGAUGAGCUUGCGCAAGAUUUGCCGCCACUUUCGGGCGCUCCACCGGCGCCGCCUCGAGGGUGGCGGCAUUCCGCCUCCCGAUCCGGAUCGUCCCGGGGGCGACAAUACGCCCGUCGGUGAGCCGGACGAGGCGAACACGUGCUCCAACUGCGAUCUGCUGUUUGAGGAUUGCGUUUGCGAGACACCAGCAGCACCGGGCGGAGGAGAGCAAGAGCAGCGUGUUGAUGGCGACGAGUUUGGCGAGGCGGCCUACGAUCUGCUCGGGCGCCUGCUCGAGAUCAACCCCCACAAACGCAUCACCGCCGCCGAAGCCUUGGAGCAUCCGUUCUUCCAGGUGAAGUACUAGGCGCGACGCCGACACCGGCGGAGUGUGUGUAUGUCGCCGUGAGAACAGCCAGUCAGCCAGCCAGUCAGAGCACCGUGUAACGCCAGUGGCAACAACAGCACG